GUAAUGCAAACCAGGGAGGAUUCCGACAUUUGAGCACGAGGCUGUACCGUUGGAUUCAUGAAAAACUUCGACAUCUUACCUCAGAGAGAAAUCACUGAAGCUCUCACUGUGCCACACAGCAGGUCUACCAGGGGCCAUGGUGGUUGUACAGCCUGACUACUGCAGGAAGGAAGGACCGGUGUCUCUCUCUGUGAGACAUCGCGGGGCAGCAGCCUGUCGCUGAAGGAGCUGCACAGUGAGGACAGGGUGUCCUGGAGGGGGAGGGACACAUUGUCCAGCAGCGAGGACAGCUUGGCUGCCAUUCUCCUGUCUCCUACCACCUCCACAGUGUCCAGAGGUCUCCCCAGAACAGAGCUUAUGGAAAAAUCAUGUAUUAAAGGCUCUCAACAUCUGAUGAAGUCUUUCAUCAGUGUGGACAUAAAGGCCUCAGUAUCAUUGAAAUUGAAGCAGAAGACACCGAAGUAAUGAAACAUGGCUUCUACAACACAGUCAGCUGUAGAGUACGUCAGGAGGGCCAGGCGCCAUCUUGUGAAAACAUUAAAGAAUCUGUCAGUGAUUCUAGAGAACUUGAAUCAGCAAGGAGUGUUAGGCAAUGAAGAGGUCAGCAUAAUACAAGCAGAAGGGAAUGACUACAAUAAAAACAGAACACUUCUAGACUGGGUUAUAAAAAAGGGGGAAGCAGCCAGCUAUAUAUUCCUCGAAAUUAUUUACAUGACGAGGAAGAGGAACCAUGGGAGGACAUCCCUUCUCCCUGAGAAACAGACUGUAGCUUCUGCUGAGAGCGAGACGUUUGACCUGCCCCACUGGAUCAGCUGCUUCCCAUUCAAGGAAGACACACAAAUGGGCAAAAACUACCUACAAGCCCCAACACCGUGCCACCGUUACCAGGCAAAGUUGAAGUCAAAAGCACAAAAAAUAUCAAAAGAGUUUUGGACGGCAAAGAAAUAUCUGUUUGAAGAAAACAACAAGCCUGAUCUGUCGUACAUGUCACUUGUAUUGGACACGCAAGGAAGUGUUUCUCCCUCUAAAAUAAAGAAAUUUAAGAGCAAGAAAAGCAGGAUGACCCGUUGUAAAAAGCUAGGGACCUACAUCCCUAAGGACAAAGCAGACAUUUCUCCCAGUGACCUGCUUAAAACACAUAAAAACAUACUCUUGGUUGGUAAGUCUGGGAUUGGAAAGACAGCACUCACUCAUGAAAUGUUAAAACUCUGGACAGAAAAAGAUGACGAGGAGCUAAACUACAUGUUUUACUUUGACAUGAGAAAAAUAUCCAACAUCAAGAGCCUGGAGGACCUUCUUUUCAAUGAGUUCAGUGAGCCAGAUGAAGGCAAAGACGAGGUCCUACUGGACAUAAAGAAUAACUCUGAGAAAGUUACACUCAUUUUUGAUGGAAUCACAGAUCUGUCUUUACCAGUAGUGCGGAAUCUUGUAAAAAAAGAUUUGCUACAAGACUCCAAGGUCAUUUUGACUUGCAGACCAGCUGAUGAACACCGCCUUGAAGAAGACCUUCCUUCUGAGGACUUACUCAGAGUGGAAGUGAAAGGCUUUAGUGAGCAGACCAUAAAAACAUACAUAUCUGCUAUGCUACGUGAAAGAAAGGAGAGGGUUUUGAGCAACUUGGAGUUGUUAACGCUUUGCCAUGUACCGAUGUAUGCACUGAUGGUGGCUGCAUGCUUUACAUUCGAGACAUCAGAGGACUUUCAAAAGCCUUGCUGUAUAACGGAUAUCUACAUCAACAUUUUCCGUUUUUACCUUGAAAGAAACAGCAACACAGAAUACAUAGAGGCCUUCAUCGAAAGCAAGAGUAAGGAGAUACUGUCUUGGCUGAGGUUGCUUUUCGUGCAACUGAAGAAAAAACGGGUGAACUUGACACUACGUCCAUUUCGAGACAGCUGUGUCCUCUCCUUGCUCAAACCACUUGCUAUCAAAGUCGCCCCUACUGAGAGAAUAACCACUUAUGCAUUUCUCCAUUACACAAUGCAGGAGUUUUUUGCAGCACUGUGGCUCUUGAAGAAUCCAGAUUUAAUCACUAAUGUUUUUCAGCAAUGCGUCACUGAGGAGAAGAAACACAUGAAACAUCUGAUCCCUUACAUGUGUAGAUUGUUGACUAAGAAGAGCCCUAGUUUGAUGGAGUAUCUGAUUCCUGCUGAGGAGCUCAAUAAUACAUCAAACUGGUUCUUCAAGAAAGUGAUAUCAACAUUCCUUCCUAGUCUGUGUGGAAACGAUGAGCCUGAUACUGAGGACAGUGGGCGCAUACUGUUCCUAUGCCAGUGCUUGUAUGAGUCCCAGUGUCCUGAAGCAUGCAUUGACCUUCUGGAAAAACUGGACUUCCAUCUUGAUCUCAGUGAAGAGAGUCUCGAUCCUUACCCCUGCUGUGCUGUGGCCUAUGUGAUCACUCAGUCUAAGGAGAGGAAAAUAUCGCUGAACCUUGAGGACGUCACGAUGUCACAACAAGGAAUGAGACCACUAUUAGGAUGCCUUCAAAAUGUCCAAUGGUGUGAUUCUCUGCCACGGCAGCUGUGGGAGAUCUUCCUUCUCAGCGAAGGGGAGAUGGACUACAUCACCUUACUUGGCCUUGAUGGAAAUCAGUUGCACCUUCCAGUGGAGGGGGACAGAAAGCUGUUUGAAAGAGCAGUGACAGUCCUGCAGAAGAUAAGUAAGAAGGUUAAAAUCUGCCUCCACUGGGAAAGGGAGAACCCUGACUGCCACAGUCUGCGUGAGACUCUGCUAGAGGCUCUGCCAUACGUCAGCUCACUCAGCUUCAGGAGGACCCACAGAGAUCCAGGAUUACAGGAGCGAUGCUAUGAGACACUGAAGAGACAAGAAAAGCAGCUGUUUCUGGAUUUAUGCCUGAAAGCAGCUACUCUCAUCCAAGGAGAAAGCGUUCACAAUGAAGUGAACAACCUCAUCUCUCUGUUUUCCUUUAACACUGAUAUGCAUAACAUCCUUCUGGAUUUGUAUCUACAUGUCAAAACUCAAGAGAAUUCAGCUGUCAUUCAACUGAAGCCAUUUUUCCAGUCAGCUCCUGCAGUCUGGAUCAUAGACCUCUCACAGAGAGAGAGCUCCAUCCUGCUGGAAGUGCUGAGACUCCAACCAGAGAAGAAACAAGUGGAGCUGAGAGGCUGCUCAGAUGGAGAGAGUGAAGUGAGGACUUUGCUGCAGUGUCUGCCUCAUAUCUCACAGCUCAGUUUUGUGCCUCAGUUAUCAGAACCUUCAGGUGAACUCCAGUUCUUUGGGCCUCUGUUCUGUGCAGCAGCAGAGAGACAGAAGCAGACAGGAGAGAAGCUACUGCAGCUGCUGUUAUCAGUGUGCACAUAUCAAACGAUAGCUUUAACCGACAUAGUUUCUUAUUAUUUUAAGAGGAACCCUCAGUGUGAUUUCCUGCUGGAUCUGUACUCCCACCUGAAGGACUAUGAGACUGAAACAGGCCUGAGUGUCCUUCCAUCAUUACAGUCUGUUCUCCAGUCAGCUCCUGCAGUCUGGACCAUAGACCUCUCAAAGAGAAGGAGCUCCAUCCUGCUGGAAGUGCUGAGACUCCAACCAGAGAAGAAACAAGUGAAGCUGAGAGACUGCUCAGAUGGAGAGCGUGAAGUGAGGACUUUGCUGCAGUGUCUGCCUCAUAUCUCACAGCUCAGUUUCUGCUUUGUAGUCUCAGGAGGAGUCCAGUUCUUUGGGACUCUGUUCUGUGCAGCAGCAGAGAGAGAGCAGCAGACAGGAGAGAAGACACUGGAGCUGUUAUCAUCAGUGUGCACAUAUCCAACAUUCCCUCUUCCUCACGAAUCUGAUCCUGAUGAUGUAGAAUAUUAUCAGGGUGAUUUCCUGCUGGAUCUGGCCUCCCACCUGAAGGACUAUGAGACUGAAACAGGCCUGAGUGUCCUUCCAUCAUUACAGCCUGUUCUCCAGUCAGCUCCUGCAGUCUGGAUCAUAGACCUCUCAAAGAGAAGGAGCUCCAUCCUGCUGGAAGUGCUGAGACUCCAACCAGAGAAGAAACAAGUGAAGCUGAGAGGCCGCUCAUAUGGAGAGAGUGAAGUGAGGACUUUGCUGCAGUGUCUGCCUCAUAUCUCACAGCUCAGGUCAGUCAGACAGAUCAUGUAUAUUUUAUGAUAUAAUGUGGAUUUCUUAAGAAAUACAAAUAUAAAGACCUGUGAUUAUGGGCAGUGUUUCUGAAAGAGACAAU